AUGAAGCACAGUCCUGCCUCUUCCAACAACCCCUUUACGUCGUCAUCGACGCCAAACUCCUUCAUGGACACCUUUGACUUUGGCAAUCCCGACUUUUCCACUGCCAACUCGGGCCUCGAAGAUCUCGACAUCUUCCACAGCACCGGCGCUCCGCCCUCAGGCUCGUCUCAGCGUAAUCUACACUCUGACGCCGGCUCAGCGCCGGUCAGUCAUCACCCGAGCCCCUCGGCUGCUUUCAACCACACAGCUGCUUCAUCCGACUCAAACACUACGCCACAGAAUUCAUCUUUGAACGGUCACGGCUCUGGCGUCUAUCUGAACAGCGCAUCCCACGCCAACUCACCGCUUGGGUUCAGCCGCAAUCGCUUCGAUAACAACUCGCCCGCCAGCCAACAAGACGCUGGCAGCAGCGAGCAAGCUCACGCUCGCAACCAUCCACCUUCCGCUGCGCCCUCCGACAUGAACUUUGCCAGUUCUCAAUUUGCUGAUCAAAAUCAAGCUGGUACGGCUGUGCAAACAUCGCACCCACAAUCGAACGAACUCGAUGGUCACAUGCCACAACUCUCCAUUGCUGACCUGCAGCGCAUGCUUCUCGAGCGCGAGAGGACCGAGCGCAUCCAAAAUAUGCAAACAGCCCUUCUCAAACAGCAGCUCGAUCAGCUCUCGCGCCUACAGCAACAACAGCAGCAACAGCAGAUGCAGCCCCAGCAGCCCCAGCAUCAACAUCAUCCGCAGCAUCAGCAGCAGCAUGGGCAGAACAUCCAAGCUACCGGCGCCUCAUCUAAUAUCCAGCUCAACCUCUCCGGUUCCGCCGGCCAGCUUUCGCCCAGUCAGCAGGAGAGUCUGCUGAUGGCGCUCCAGAGCGCCUUUGCCGCGGGCAACAAUCCGAGUGCGCACCACAACGUGUUACAGGCGACUCAAUACCAACAACAGCAACCACCACCACCACCACCACCACAACAACAACAGCAGCAGGGUCAAAAUGCGUGGCACCAGCAGCAACCACCACCACCACAGCAGGCCAACGGUAUUCAGGGCCAGGCCGGCGCAGCAGCCGACCAGUCAAAUGUGUUGGCGCAGUAUGGCCUCAUCACUCCCAUGGGCUCAGGUCCGUUUAAUAGCUCUGCGUGUCCUCCGGCUCCAGCCAACUUUAUGUCCCCACUCACGAUUCAGCCCAACUCGCAACCGGGAAGCGUCGGUGUCGAGCACCGGUCAGGUCCCGAUUAUCUGAGCAACUAUACGCCGCUCGAGUCUCCCGCUGUGACGCCAGCCAGCGUCUUCUCCACCGGCAGCACGGGGAUCGUCAUGUCGGAGCUCUUUUCGCCACUCACAUCACCUGCGCUUGGUCCACAGCCGCCCAGUUUUGGCGAGAUGAUGUUGCCACCGGCGCAGCUGCACCAGACGCAUCACCAGCAUGCAUCGCAGCCUCCUGGAUUGCACGGUUCGCCCGCGGUGAACGCGGUGAGCAACAACUUUACACCCACCGCCUCGCCGCUCGCCUUGAUCGCCAAAGGAUCGUCCAAGAUUCGAAAGAACCGCAGCACCACAGCAGAAGCGCGUGCAAACAAGGUACGGCCGUCGCCGAAGCCCGUAGCUGGGGCAUCCUUGAAGAAAAAGAAGGAGAAUGCUGCGAGUUUAGCGUCACCCAGCACUGGUACGCCUCUCGCCAACGGCAAUGGCUCUGUCAACGGUGGCGCAUCCGGAUCCAGUUCGCGCAGGGCCUCCAUCACGGCUGCACCCGAGGCUGCUGCUGCCAGCGGCUCGCACUCGCGGCACCAGUCGGCGGAUGUCGCUCAAAGCGAGGGCACCUCUUCAACACCGUCGCCCAUCGAUCUUUCUGGCGGUGGUGCCAUGUUACCUCCUUCGGGACCUACCAAUAAAAUCCUCACCCCGAGCUCCAUCAUGGGCAUUCGAUCGAGUCCCGGCAGUGCCGAUCAGCGCCAAGCUUCUUCACCCAACAGCCGCGCUGGCACUGGCACUGGCACUGGCACUGGCACUGGCUCUGGCGCACCACUGUCAUCUGCUCUGAAAGGCAAGAUUCGUGAUGAUCUCCAACAGCAACAUCAAACAAUAAUGAUGCAGCAGCCACCGCUACCGACACCAGGGGGCAUGGCUGGGCAACACGUGUAUCCUAACAUUGCGCCGUUCGCACCGUCGACUACGUCAUCGGGACCGAAAGUGACGUUUAACCUCGCACCACAGAUGGGUGGUAUGCCGAUCCAGCCAGGCGCACUCUCGCACAUGCAACGCGAUGCGUGGUUGACGUACAAGUCGGCAGGAGGACUGGAAUCGCGCCGAACCUCACACAAAGCAGCGGAGCAAAAACGUCGGGAUUCACUCAAGUUCUGCUUCGACGAGCUGCGCGGUCUGUUGCCCGCCAUCACACUGGACGAAGAUGCACCGAACGGAUCACUGCUCGGUCCCGACGGCGCCGAAGAAGAUCGAGAAGCCGAGCAUUUUGAUCCUGCCGAUGUCGGCGAUCCGGACAUGGCGAGAUCAGCCAAUAAGGCCAUUUCGAAAGUCGCACUGCUGCGCCACAGCAACGAGUACCUGGUCAGGAUGAAGAAGCGUCUCGAAAGGAGGGAGAUGGCUUUGUCCGUGUGCAGAAAGGAGGUGGAGCAGUUGAGACAAAAAUUAGACUUGCCGCCUAGCGACGACCCGAGCAUCACAGGCAAGGGUCCCCCGCUCGGAUGGACCGAUGACACCAUGAUGGACUUUGAGCUGAACAUGGACGACGAGCAAGCUAAGUUGGACAUGGCUAAGCAUGACAUGGACCAGACCGCCUAG